AUGGGUAGCCAAGUGCUUCAGAGACAAAAUAACAAUCGGGCCCUGCAACAGGAGGAAGUCAGGAGCCAUAUGUCUCAGAAACAAAACGAUAAGCAGUCCAUGCAGCGAGAGAUAAACGAUUUGAAAAGAAAGCUGUACCAUGCACAGCAAAGGCAAUCUCGUUCCAAACUUGAUGCGCCCUCCGAUGAUGAAAAUGACGACGACUACAGGCGAAGAUCGAGGACUCCCCCAAGCGAGACCUUCUCCCACGAAGAAGAACACUACCGGAGGUGUAGGCGCAGAAGCCCAUCUCCUAGGGGCUUGGGAAACGACGUCAUGAGCAAGGCACUGGAUCAACUCUCCAAGUCACCUUUCACGCACCACAUAGAAGGGGCCAUACUCCCUUUAUGGUUCCAGCAGCCAACUUUCGCCAAUUACGACGGUAGAACAGACCUGGUGGAGCAUGUGAGCCAGUUCAACCAAAGGAUGGUUGUCCAUUCUAGGAACGAGGCACUGAUCUGCAAGGUCUUCCCGUCCAACUUGGGACCAGCGGCGAUGAGGUGGUUUAAUGGUUUGAAGACGAACUCCAUCGACUCGUACAGGCAGUUGACCCAAGCUUUUGGCUCCCGCUUCGUUAUGAACCGCAGAACCCCUCGGCCUUUGAGCGCUUUGUUAUCGUUAUCCAUGCAUGACGGAGAAACCUUAAAGGCCUACUCGGACAGAUAUUGGGAGACGUAUAAUGAAAUGGAAGACAACUUUGACGAUGUCGCCAUUAUCACUUUCAAAAAUAGUCUCCCAACCGAUCACGACUUACGGAAGUCUCUGACUAGCAAGCCCGCCACCAGUAUGUGUCAACUGAUGGAUCGGAUCGACAAGUACAAGCGAGUGGAGGAAGACCAGUUACAGGGAAGAGGAAAAGAGAAGACUAUCAAUGCCGUAUUCCGAGAACCAGUGCAUCGGGUUUUGGAGAAAAUCAAGAACGAGCCAUACUUUAGGUGGCCGAAUAAGAUGGCGGGAAAACCCUCGAAACGCGAUCAGAAACUUUAUUGCCAAUACCACCAAGACCAUGGCCAUACUACGGAGAACUGCAAGAACCUUUGGAACCACCUAGACCAGCUAGUCCGGGAAGGGGGGCUGAAACACCUUCUGCAUCAUUCCAGUGGUUAUCAAGGCCAUCAGGAGGCCAGAAGGGGUGCUGCCCUGAGGCCACCCGUAGGAACGAUCAGCGUAAUCGUGGCUGGGCCAGGGAGAACAGGCACACGCCCUGCACGAGUGUUAUCAGUGGCUGAACUGCCUGCCGAGGAGUCCCAACCAAGGUCGAAGAGGGUCAGGAUGAGCUUCUACCCCGUUUUGAGCUUUUCGAAGGAAGAUAAGAUCGAGACCAUCCAACCCCACGACGAUGCCCUGCUAAUCACCCUCCGAAUCAGGGACUACGAUGUGAAAAGAGUAAUGGUGGAUGGCGGUAGCGCGGCUGAGGUUAUGUACCUCGACCUAUACAAGGGGCUGGGGUUAAAGCCGGAGGACUUGAUGCCCUACAACUCCCCUCUGAUGAGCUUCGACGGGAAGCUUGUCACCUUAAUGGGCAUGAUUAGGCUGCCCAUCCAGACCGGCCCGGAAGUAGUGGAAGUGAACUUCGUCGUGGUGGACACUUACUCUCCCUAUACAGCCAUUGUCGGUAGGCCCUGGCUCCAUACCCUAGGGGCUGUUGCUUCCUCGUUGCACCAGAAGGUGAAAUUCUCGUCAGGAGACCAAGUCCUAGAAAUCCGUGGUUGCCAACCCAUAGCGAGGCAAUGCGUGGUAGCCGUCUCGCAUCGAUUUGACUCGGAGUCCUCGACCUCCGCUGAAGAGAAUUUAUAG